CGUCAUGCUGUAGGGACAUUUGCUUAUCUUAAUGGCUUUUAAUGCAUCUCAGCAUCUCCCCCUCGUGACAUAAAAAUCCCUGCAGCGACUCUUAACAACUUGCUGGCUCAAGCACUAGUACUGAAGACUCCAGAUCGGGAGGGAACCAACUACCAAGCUUCAAAAGCAAUGGAUUUCAACCCAAGUUUUAAGGACAAGAAGAAAACCAGAGAUCAAUCCUCGUUACUAUGCUGCAAACUCUUUAUCUCUGAAGCACGGAACCAUGAUGUCCUUGAUGCCAUCGAACAAGCAGGGAGGCUUGAUCCAGAAACCAUCAUCGUCAAUAAAUUUGAAGAUGGAGCUUAUAAUAGGGUUAGAUUUACCCUAGUAUCAUACGUGAUGCAUGACAUCACUGAUAGUCCCAUUUACAGCCCAUUGCACCAAACCAUCCUUGCAAUGGUUGAGGCUGCCUUCGGAGCCAUUAAUCUAGAGAUGCAUUGCGGGGCUCACCCCCGACUCGGUACUGUUGAUGACAUCCUUUUCCAUCCAUUGGCUCGAGCAUCACUAGAUGAAGCGGCUUGGCUUGCCAAGGCAGUCGCAACAGACAUUGGCAACAAAUUUCAAGCACAUCCAACAGGCAAGGCUCUAGAUACCAUCAGACGAGAGCUUGGAUACUACCGACCAAAUUUCUUGGGCAAUCAAUGGGCAGGGUGGACCAUGCCUGAGAUGCUUUCAGAGAAGCCUGAUGAAGGACCAACCAUGGUUUCUCGAGCAAGAGGCAUCACCAUGAUCGGGGCACGUCCAUGGAUCACAUUGUACAACAUACCCAUCUUGUCCACAGAUGUUUCUGCUGCUCGAAGGAUCGCUCGUAUGGUGAGUGCUCGUGGAGGUGGGCUCCCGACAGUGCAAACACUGGGCCUGGUUCAUGGUGAGGACUCAACCGAAAUAGCUUGCAUGCUCUUGGAACCAAAUCAAAUUGGUGCUGACAGGGUCCAAACCCGAGUUGAGAUGCUUGCAGCUAAAGAAGGGUUGGAUGUGGAGAGGGGAUAUUUCACUGAUUCUUCACCGGAGAUUAUUCUUGAAAAAUACAUGAAUUUAGUCUCUGCUAACUGAAAGAGACUAACACAAAUAUUUCAGUGAAUUAUGCACUCUUGAGUCUUUGUUGUAAAAUGGACCAUGUAUUUAAUUUGAAUGUUGAACUACUAUGUAAAAAAAAUAAA